AUGGAGAUAAAGGAAGCUCAAGCUACAGACUUGAAGGCAGCAGAAACAAGAUCAACAUGUGAAGAGUGUGGCGACUACGGCUAUGUCGGGAAGAACUAUCCAGAGGAAGCAAAGUUGCUAGACUACAUGAAGAAGGGAGAGUGGUUUCCACCAUCCAACUAUCGGGCAUUAUGUGAUCUUGGCACAAGUGUGAGCAUCAUGCCUAAAGCUGUGUUCGAGAAGCUACGCCUGCCGGAGCCGAAACCAACUGCUAUGUGCUUGGAGUUGGCGGACAACACCGUUCACUAUCCUAAAGGUAUUGUUGAAGAUGUACCUGUGAAGAUCGGGAAUCACUUUGUCCCUAUUGACUUCCUGAUACUCGAGAUGGGAGGAGGAGCUAAAUCCCCACUCAUCUUGGGAAGGCCCUUCCUGAAGACCGCAAGAGCAAACAUAGAUGUUGGGAGGGCGAGAUCAAGUUUGACAUCAAUGGCACUAUGA